AUGGCGUUCUCGACCAUCCAACCAUUCCAAUAUGUGGCCAUUCGACUGCCCUCGGAAACCAUCAAAGUUGAACAAAUUGUGCCAAACUCAACCAUCAGUCUGGGGAAAUAUGGAUCAUUUCGUACCAAUCAGAUUAUUGGUCGACCAUACCACUUGACCUUUGAGAUUCUCGAUCGCUCAGAGCUCAGGGUCGUUUCGGCCGCUGAACUGCAUGCUGUCACUCUGGUCGAACAAGCAGAAACCGAAGAUGCCGCCACUCCACAGACAGAUAUUAUGGAGGGAGACUCAGCAGCCGCCGCGACCACCACGCCAUCAACUCCAAAGUCCAACGUGAACACGCAUGACGAUCCGACGAACCAGAGGCUUACCUUUGCUGAGAUUGAAGCCUUGAAGCAAGACGAUAUGGGGAGCGGCAAAGCACUUAUCGAGAAAAUCAUGCAGUCUCACACAACUCUUGAUCAAAAGACUGCCUUCUCGCUCGCAAAGUAUACGCUUCGCAAACACAAAAAGUACAUGAAGCGCUUUUGCGUGUUACCUCUUGACGUGCCGAGGCUGGUCGAUUGGAUGAUGAUUGACCGGGAGGCUGCCAGGAUCAUGGAAAUGCGUAAUGAAGCAGUUGCUUUGAUGGGGAGCUGGGCCAAUGUCCACGCCAGUGGGCGUGGUCCGUUUGUACCAAAAGUUCCGUCUUCCAGAUAUCUCGUUGUUGACGAUACUGGCGGCUUGGUGGUUGCCGCGGUGGCUGAAAGGAUGGGCAUUCUCCAUCAGAGCACGAACAGUAGCAGUCUGGAUUACACCACGAAAAACAGUCAAGAUGCCAAUGAGGCAGAGGACGAGCACGAGCACGAGCAGCCUGACACUGACGCCGUAAAACCACACCAGGGCAAAGACAAGCGGCAACAACAGCGUCGACCGAACCCCAUGCAAGCGAUAACCGCCAUGAGUGCAACCACAAACUCCAUUACCCUAGUUCAUGCCAAUCAACAACCCAAUCUCGGCUUACUUCGAUACUUCAACUUCGACCCAAAUAACCCUACUCCGUCACAUCCCCUGUACACUAAUAUGCGAACACUCUCGUGGCUCCAACUACUGGAACCAGAGGCCGACGUUACCUACCAGGAACCCGAACUCAUGACGGCCGAAGAACUGAGCCAGGCAAAGUCGAAUCGCAGAAGCGCAUACUAUCGCAAACGACGCCGAUGGGAACGAGUCAAGAUGGUGGUGGACGAGACGCGAGAAGGCGGCUUCAACGGCUUGAUUGUCGCGAGUUAUACCGACCCUGUCUCCAUACUACGACACCUGGUUCCCUUGCUAGCUGGUGGUAGUCAAGUGGUGGUUUACUCACCCAACGUGGAACCGUUGGUGAGAUUAGCAGACGUCUAUUCCACCGGCAGGAAAACGGCAUUCAUCAAUACCCCGGAAGAUGAAAGACGUGUGCCGUCUGAAGACUUCCCUGUCGAUCCAACUCUGCUGUUGGCCCCUUCUCUUCAGACAGCGCGAGCGAGGCAGUGGCAAGUUUUGCCUGGUCGGACGCAUCCAAUGAUGACCAGCAAGGGCGGCGCAGAAGGAUACUUGUUUACAGCAACCAGAGUGUUGCCUGCCGAGGGCAAAAUCGAGGCUCGAGGCAAAGGGCCAAGGUCGAAAAAGCCAAGGACGGAAACAGAAGCAGAAGCAGAAGCAUUGGGAGUCGCUGAGGUUUCAAAUCUUGACGAUGCCCAACUGUCACAAUCACCGCUUAAGAAGCAGAAGAUUGCCACCGGUGAGGCCAUUCCUACUCCCACGACUGGGCCGUCAAAUGAUGUUGCAGAUGCAUGA